CUACAAACCGAAACCUCAGGCCAACGCGUCUCGGCUUUUGGCGGCUUGGCCCCUCUUCCCCACUCUUCCUCUUCAGAGUUCAGUUCAAGCUAUUGCUUCGGAAGAGUUGCAGAGAUGGUUUUGUCUAACAGGAAGCUGAAGCAAAAGCUCAGGGAAAAGCUAGCUCAGUCGUUAGUAGAAUCGGUAGGUAAGCCUAGAACCGACCCGACAAAUGAUGGGUCGGAAAACCCAGACCCGAAAUCGACCCCCCGGUCGCUGAAAGUGCUUUUGGACUCCACAACCCAGAAACCCAGAUUGUCCAAGCGGGAAAAACGGAGAAAGAUCCUGUCUUUGCGAGGUCCAGAGGUGGUGAGUGUGAAUGGCAGUGGUGGUAAUUUGGGGGGAAACAAGGGGGAGGAAGGGAAGAGCGAUAUGGGUUCAGAUGAGGAGGAGGAGGAUGAGAAGAAGAAGAAGAAGAAGAAGAGGAAGAGAGAUGAGGGGGAACAAGAUGGAGACUUGAGUGCAGAGGAAAAUGGUGUUCGGAAGAAGGAGAGUAAGAAGCCAAAGAAGAAGAAUAAAAAGAAGAAGAGGAAGACGGAGGCGAAAACCGAGGAAGAGAAUAAGGGCGGUGAGCUUGAGAAUGGAAAGCAAAUUGUCCAGGAGACAGAUAUGAGCAUUGACAGACAAGCAAGUGGGGAUGUUCUGACAAAAGUUUAUGUGGGAGGCAUUCCUUAUUACUCGACCCAGGAUGAUAUUCGAAGUUACCUUGAAAGCUGCGGUACAAUAACUGAAGUUGAUUGUCUGAGGUUUCCUGACAGUGGGAAGUUUAGAGGAAUUGCUAUUAUUAGCUUUAAGACAGAAGCAGCAGCCAAGCGAGCCUUGGCUCUUGAUGGAGCUGAAAUGGGUGAACUAUUUCUGAAAAUCCAGCCUUACAAGGCAACUCGACCCAAUAAACUGAAUAAAGUAUCUGAUUUUGCCCCACAAAUUGUGGAGGGAUACAAUAAAAUCUAUGUUGGAAAUUUGUCAUGGGAUAUUAGUGAGGAUGAUCUGAGGAAGCUUUUCUCAGAUUGCAAGAUUUCAUCUAUACAUUUUGGUAAGGAUAAGGAAACAGGGGAAUUUCGGGGUUAUGCUCAUGUAAAUUUCUCUGAUAGCCUCUCGGUGACUAUGGCAUUGAAGUUAGAUCAGAAGGUUGUAUGUGGAAGACCUAUCAAGAUAAGCUGUGCAGUACCUCUGAAAAAAGCAGGGACUCCUUCAAACCCUGCAGCUACAACUUCAAGUACUCAUUCAAUAUCUGUAGGCUUCAGCUAUGAGCGCUGAUUCCAUUCCAGUAGAUAAAACUAUGGGUACAGGAGCUGGUGAUGGUGGGUUUAGUGACAUCAGUGGUAAGAUCAAGAGGAGGACGUGCUAUGAGUGUGGUGAGAAGGGUCAUCUUUCUUCGGCUUGUCCAAAGUCUGUAACUACAACAUUUAGUACCCAUUCAAUACCGGCAGCUACAACUACAAGUAGUGAUCCUACACCAGCUGCUACAGCUUCAGGUACAGGAGCUGAUAAUAGUGGGUUGAGUGCCACCAGUGGGAAGAUUAAGAGGAGGACGUGCUAUGAGUGUGGUGAGAAGGGUCAUCUUUCUUCAGCUUGUCCAAAGUCUGCAACUACAGCUUUUAAUACCCAUUCAACACCCGUAGCUAAAACCACAACUACCAAUCCAACACCAGUUGCUACAGCUACAGGAGCUGAUAACUGGUGAGUUGAGUGACAUUAGUGGUAAGAUUAAGAGGAGGACCUGCUAUGAGUGUGGUGAAAGGGUCAUCUUUCUUCAGCUUGUCCAAAGGCUGCUACUACACCUUCAAGUACCCAUUCAAUUCGAGUAGCUACAGUUACAAGUACCGGUUCAAUACCAGUAGCUACAACUACAAGCACCGCUACAACACCAGUAGCUACAACUACAAGCACAGAUUUGCCACCAGAUGUUCCAGCUGCAGGUACUGGAGCUGAUCCUAGCGAGUUGUGUGUGAGCAGUGGUAAGAUUAAGAGGAGGACGUGCUACGAGUGUGGUGAAAAGGGACAUAUUUCUUCAGCGUGUCCAAAGAAGCAAACCAAUGCAAGUUAAGCAUGUAGCCUGCAGGCAGUGUCCCAAGUUUUUCCUAUUAAUUACAUGUAGGGAGGAACACAUUACUCAUUUUCGAAUUGGUUGAAACGUCACAGGUUGUUGUUAUUGAGCCCAAUUUUGGGAAAUUUUGUUUACUGCAUUUAGCUUAGUUUGAUGCAGAGAUUUGUAAAACUGAGAUAUUUCUUUAUUAUUGACAAGGCAGAUUUUGUUC